AUUUGGCAGCACAGGCCUUGGAAUAAUGGUAAAAUAGUAUUUUUUUUUUCAUAUUUGGGCACGAAGUUUUAAGACCCAUUUCAGAAAGUGAGUAAGAGAUGGCUAUAAGUUGUUGGAGACUACUGCCAAAAUCCCCAUUUCCCACAAAAGCCAACUCUGUACUUCCAGUUCCUCCAUAUCUCUCCUUCUCAAGACGAACCUCUCUAGGUGUAGCAGUUGCUGCAUUUUCCCCAAUGGCUUACGACAAGGAGCUCGCUGCGGCCAAGAAGGCUGCCUCUCUCGCUGCUACACUCUGCCAGAAAGUGCAAAAGGCACUGUUGCAAUCAGAUGUUCAUUCAAAAUCAGAUAAAAGUCCUGUUACUGUGGCCGAUUAUGGUUCACAGGCGGUUGUUAGUUUUGUAUUGGAGAAGGAACUUCCUGCUGAAUCAUUCUCUCUAGUGGCUGAGGAGGAUUCAGGAGAUCUUCGCAAGGAAAGUGGCCAGGAUACACUACAGCGCAUUACAAAACUUGUAAAUGAUUCUCUUGGGAAUGAGGAAGUGUAUACUGCUACACCUUCAUUGAGCACAGAAGAUGUGCUUAGAGCCAUCGACAAUGGAAAAUCUGAAGGUGGUUCUGUUGGCAGACACUGGGUUUUAGAUCCAAUAGAUGGUACCAAAGGAUUUGUCAGAGGAGACCAAUAUGCCAUAGCUUUAGCAUUGCUAGAUGAAGGAAAAGUAGUCCUGGGAGUUCUUGCUUGUCCAAAUCUUCUUCUGGCAUCCAUUAAUCAACAGUCAUCAGAAUCAUCACAUGAUAAAGUUGGUUGUCUUUUCUUUGCCAAAGUUGGUGAAGGAACAUAUAUGCAGUCACUUGAUGGUUCUUCACCAGUAAAGGUGCACGUUAGUGCUAUUGAAAAUCCAGAAGAAGCAUCGUUUUUUGAAUCUUUUGAAGCAGCACACUCAUUGCAUGACCUGUCUAGCUCCAUAGCUAAGAAACUUGGCGUCAAAGCAACACCGGUUAGAAUGGACAGCCAAGCGAAGUAUGGAGCACUAUCAAGAGGUGAUGGAGCCAUAUACCUUCGUUUUCCUCAUAAAGGGUACCGCGAGAAGAUUUGGGAUCAUGCUGCAGGAUGUAUUGUUGUGACUGAGGCUGGUGGUGAGGUCACGGAUGCUGCAGGGAACCCUUUGGAUUUUUCAAAAGGAAAAUAUCUUGAUCUUGACACAGGGAUAAUAGUUACUAAUAAGAAAUUGAUGCCAUCACUAUUGAAGGCAGUUAGAGCAUCAAUUGAAGAGAAGGUUUCUUCCUUGUGAUUCUUUUCGUACCAUUGACUGUUAAAGUCAAAUAAAUGUUUGCCAAAAUCAGAAUUUUGUGCUCCUUGACUUUGGUAAGUCAUGAGAUAGGUGGAUUUGUUUCAAUGUAAGCCUCAUGAUAUCCAGAACCCGAACACGCUUCAAACAUCAAUAAAAGUGAAACUGAUAAACCUUUA